AUGGGCAGACGCAAGCGAUGCAAAGGAGACGACGACGCCGUUUCUUCUCCAUUCCCGACCAAAGAAACAAUCUCCACUAAGAGGAGGAGGAGAAGAAAAUUAACCAAAACCCUAACAUCAUCACCAUCACUUCCCAUUCUUCCUUUUGAUCUCGUUUCAGAAAUCCUCUGUAGGCUACAGGUAAAGCUCCUCCUUCAACUUCGAUGCGUUUGUAAGUCUUGGAAUUCUCUUAUCUCUGAUUCCAACUUCGCCAAGAAACACAAUCGCACAUCUGCACCAACACGCCUCGUACAUACCUUAACCGACCGUGUCACUAUCAGUGACAGAGUUAUCUAUGACUCAUACGAGUUCAAGUACGUUCUCAAGUCUUACACCUUUGAGUCCGUUUUGACGAACAAAAACAUUAAAGCCACGGAGCUCGAUCUUCCUGGAGCCAAUAGAGCUUUUUUUGUUGGAUCAUGCAAUGGCAUCCUCUGUCUUCUUGCCAUUGUCUAUGGAGGCGAUUGGAAUGUUCGAUUGUGUAACCCUUCUAUUAGAAAAUUCAAGGAUUUGCCCCCUCUUGAAGAGCUGUCAACUUCUAAUAUAAAUAAGCUGACGAUGUAUGGCUUUGGCCAUGAUACUGUUAGUGAUAAUUACAAGAUUGUGAUUGGUGGUGCACGUGAUAUUAGAUGUAAUUUGGUUUCCGAAACUGAUGUGAAGGUUUAUACUUCAGGUACAAAUUUCUGGAAAAACAUUCAAAAGUUCCCUAUUGAUUGCGUUGUCGUGCAAGAAACCGGGAAAUUUGUGAGUGGCACAAUGAAUUGGUUGGUUUCUAAAGAUUAUGCUAGGAAAAAUCAAUAUUUUGUUGUUUCUCUUGAUUUGAGGAACGAGUCUUAUCAAGAGGUUUUGUUGCCCGAUUAUGGCGAGGUGGAUGCACGUUCUUUGAACUUGAGUGUUUUCAGGGAUUGCUUGUGCAUGAUUUUUGGUUGCGAUGUUUGGAUUAUGAAGGAAUAUGGAAAAAAAGAGUCUUGGCAUAAAUUGUUCAUUAUUUCUCACAUGCAAGAUCCUCGUACACCUUGGCUCUAUAUCAAGGCAGUGCAUAUAUUUGAGGAUGGUCAGCUGCUUUUGAAGUCUAGCACCUUUGGUAAUACAACCAUGUUUUUUCAAAAUUCGAGAAAUGAUACUUUUGAGUUUCCUUUUUAUAGUUUAUACAAGAUCCCCGAAGUCUGCUUUGAAAGUUUGAUAUCACCUUGUUCUUAA